GGAAGAUGGCUGUUGGGUCUUCUCUGGAGUCGGAGGAUAUACCCUGCAGGAGUAGCCAGCAUAGGGACGUUAUAGUUUGAGGGAGCGGAGUAGAGCGGUUAGGGGAUCCUCGGUUUUCUGUGUGUAUGCGCGGCUUGUCAGUUUUCGUUACCGUAUGUUACAGUUUGGGGAUUUAGUGUUUUCAUGUUGUGCGGACUGCUGCUUUUGUCUCGGCAUUCCCCAGCCUAUCUACCGCUGGCAUCCUCGCCACCGCCAGCGACACUUUCCGCCUAUCCCUCCAUCCCUGGCAUCAGCAUCCCCCUCUGCGAGUUUUUCUGAGAUUUAAAGAAAAAUGACCGGCGAAAAGAUACGAUCCCUGCGCAAGGACCACAAGCCAAGCAAAGAGGAGGAUUUACUGGAGCCCGACGAGGAAGCCGCCGCCGGGACGUUCACCUCCUCCACUACCCGGACUAGUAACAGAGGCAAAGCCAAUAAGAUUUUUAGCAAUCACAAGCUGAUCAAAGCGCCGGGGCCACAGCAGCUGCAUCAGCAAUCUCAGAUCAAUGCAAACGCGAACACUAACACGGCGACGGGGACUAUCGAUGACAACAACAAGAACCCCAUAACCCGGACGACGGAGGGUUUCCCCGUCCACGAGUGCGUGUUCAAGGGGGACGUGCGUCGGCUGUCGUCCCUGAUCAGGACCCAGAACAUCGCUCAGAAGGAUGUUCACGGAAACACACCUCUACACCUUGCUGUAAUGCUGGGACACAAAGAGUGUGCCCAUUUACUUCUAGCCCACAAUGCCCCUGUCAAGGUGAAAAACGCUCAGGGAUGGAGUCCUCUUGCAGAAGCCAUCAGCUAUGGGGACCGACAAAUGAUCACAGCUCUUCUCAGAAAGCUGAAGCAGCAGUCCAGAGAAAGUGUAGAGGACAAGAGGCCCAGAUUACUCAAGGCUCUAAAGGAGCUGGGAGACUUUUACUUAGAGCUUCACUGGGAUUUUCAAAGUUGGGUGCCUUUGCUUUCCCGAAUUCUGCCUUCAGAUGCUUGUAAAAUAUACAAGCAAGGUAUCAACAUCAGGCUGGACACGACGCUCAUCGACUUCACAGACAUGAAGUGCCAGCGGGGGGAUCUGAGCUUCAUUUUCAAUGGCGACGCUGCGCCCUCCGAAUCCUUUGUCGUUCUUGAUAACGAACAGAAGGUCUACCAGCGCAUCCAUCACGAGGAGUCAGAAGUGGAGACAGAGGAGGAGGUGGAUAUUUUAAUGAGCAGCGAUAUUUAUUCUGCUACACUCUCCACUAAGUCCAUUACCUUCGCCCGAGCCCAGACUGGCUGGUUGUUCAGAGAAGACAAAACGGAAAGAGUGGGCAAUUUCUUAGCAGAUUUCUACUCUGUGAAUGGUUUGGUUUUGGAGUCCAGGAAACGAAGGGAACAUCUUAGUGAAGAAGACAUUCUGCGAAAUAAGGCCAUAAUGGAAAGCCUCAGCAAAGGUGGAAACUUAAUUGAGCAGAAUUUUGAGCCUGCGCGGCGCCAGUCCCUCACCCCCCCCUCUCCAAACACUAUAUCAUGGGAGGAGUACAUCUCCGCAGAAAACGGGAAAGCUCCUCAUCUUGGUAGAGAACUGGUCUGCAAAGAAAGCAAGAAAAACUUCAAAGCGACUAUAGCGAUGAGCCAGGACUUUCCCUUGGGCAUUGAAUCGUUAUUAAAUGUUUUAGAGGUGAUUGCACCCUUCAAGCACUUUAACAAACUCAGAGAAUUUGUACAAAUGAAACUCCCACCUGGAUUUCCUGUCAAACUAGAUAUACCUGUUUUUCCUACAAUAACUGCUACAGUGACCUUUCAGGAGUUCCGCUAUGAUGAAUUUGAAGACUUCAUCUUUACUAUCCCCAGUGACUAUAAGGAGGACCCCAGCCGAUUUCCUGACCUUUAAUCCUUUUUCAGCAAGACUCUGGGUGUCUUCUUUGUGGAACACAGCUGACAGAAACAAACUGAAUCCAGAAAAAGAUAUUAACGUAACACAUAAGGGUCUACUUAAUCUGCAGUUUCACAAUCUUGUGGAAAUCAUGAAACAAGGGAUUGCCUGUGACUGUAACCAUUAAUGUCACUUUCAUACAUCUUGAAAAUAUUGCACAGAUUACUGUCUUAUUCAUUAGAGCCCCCUUCGACUUUCUGAUGCAUAUACAAGGUGAGCAAACAAGUGGUGGCACAGACUUAUGGAAAGGAUUGAAAUUGUGUAGAUUGUUAAACAUAGACUUAAGAGGACUGACAAAUCAGAUAAGGGUAAGGUUAAUCUGUGUACCCUGUGGUCUAUUUAGAAAAGCCUUGAUUGAUCUCUGUUUGGUGUUAGAAUCACUUAUCACAUAAAAAAAUACUGCAGGUGCUGCAGCCUGGACCAUUUUUUAAUGAUUGCCAUUAGGGAAAAAAGGGAUAAUCCAAAAUUAAGGGAGUAUUAUAAAAAGCACAUCCGGAAUACCAAAUAGUGAAAUUUGCAAAUGUACAGUACAAAGAAAACCAGGUUUAUUUCUCAGAAGCACUAGUUUACAUAACCUGCCUGGCAAUUCCUCUUUAAGUAUCAAGUAAGCAGCAUACAGGAUAACUAUAUAAUUCUUUUUUUCUUGUUAGUUGGAAAGCCUUUUUCUUUCAAAGUAUCUGUUCAGUUGGAGUUUCUGAAUUUCUAGACACUUCAUUUCAUUAUGGCUUUAAUGUAACCAGUAAGGAGUAGUCAUUUUAAAGCUUUUUAUAACUCAGUGAAUCUGUGUUGCACAUAUUGUAUGACACAGGCAUACACUAAAUACAGUCUACUAAAUGUUUUUUCUUUAUGCCGUGACUGGUCCAUGAAACAUGUUUACUUCCUCUGCAAUUUAAGUAGACCCCUAGUAACAAGAGUAGAAGAGAGAAGAACCCUGUCAUUUUAAAUGCUGUAUUUAAUAGUUAUAAAGGGAUGAAAUUGUAUUUAGCUGUAAUGAGGCACUAAUUACAUUGUGUAGGUUCUUUUUAAAUUGCAACAUCCUAAUGACUGCCUUUUUCUAAAGGCAUCACAUCUUGGGGCUUCCACAGGCUUCAGUGUAUCUAAACAGCACCAAUCUGCCAUACUUGAGUGGAGUGCUAUACAGCUUCACUUCAGAAGGCAUAAGGUGCCAUUUUGUUCAUGUUUUUAUUCAGUUCCUUUUGAUACCACAGUUCACAUAGAACAUUUGAAAAACAAAUCCUUUGGGAAUGUCUUAACCAGUACUCUUACUGCUAACCUAUCCUGAGCAACCUCCACUCCUGUGAGGCUGUUCGUAUAAAUACUUCUGCUAGCCUUGUUUUCAUAUGAGUUUGUAAACUAUGUAAGAAAAUGUACACUUGACUAAAAGGAAAGGUACUGAGCAAUGUACAUUUCAAGCUACGAAGAAUGCUUUUUGCUAAGUGAUUGAAUAAAAAAGAAACUUCAAGUAAAAUGUAAAUGGCAUUUUUACAGAUUGCAAGACCCAGUCUUUUUUCUUGUGCAUGGUGUUAAUACCUAUGUUUGUUAGUCCUCUGUUACCUCACGCUUUUUAGGUUUUAAUUCCCCCCCCCAUCUCCUGCAUAUAAGUUAAUUAUGGGAUAGUUUUCUUACUGUUAGUCAACAUGGGUGCUUUGAUGGAUUGGGUUUUUAUGCAAGCAUCGAUGUGAAAUAUUAUCCAGGGGUUGUGAAAGGUAUUUAGUUUUUGUGCUUGCAGGAAAAUGUUUGUACAUAAUGUAUUAAUACUGUGUUUUUGGAAAACUCACUCUUACCUUGUGAUGGGUAAUGGGUGAAUGAACACGCAAAAGACAAGCCUACCAGUCUUUCUGUGCUUAUUUAUUGCAGACUAUCACCGCGUGGUAUAAUCCUGAUCCCUAGCCUUGGUGUUUAAACCUGGUACAGAAUGUGUCUGGGGAAAUUACACACCCCUAACAACUAGAGUAUCACUACAGUUGUGUACAGUUAUACAUCUGUAAAUUACCUCGUUCAAAAAAAAAAAACAAGAAACCUUUGUAAUGGACUGUUAUGCCCUUCUUUAAUAGCGCAGCUUCUGUAGUUAGAUUUUCCAUCUUUUUCUACAAAAAUAUAUAGACGGGCUUUUCCUUUCUUUCUAAGAAAAGCUGUUUUAAUAAUGAAAUACCAAGGUGAGGUGAGAGAGCUUCGUGGUCAAAAUUCCCACAUUUGUCUUGCUACAAAAGAAGCUCAUCUGCAGAGUUCCCUGCUUUUUGUUUCAUCUGAGAAGACCACGAUUUCACGUGUCUAAAUACUGUUAAAGACAUUUUCUUUAAAAAUCAUGCACUACAUUCUCAAUACCCAUGCUAGGCAGGACUGCAGUCGUCGGCAGUGUGAGAAGUAUGGGAAAUAAGAUGCGCCAGUGGGUUUUUAUUCAUUUCUUUACUCUAAUCUCAGCUGAAACAGAACUCAGGAAUUCACUGCAGCUUUAGAAGCGCAGAGUCGAGGAGUCUAGCCUUGGUGUAAUGUAUUCUUUCACUCGUCUGCUUAAGGAACUCGGAUGUCUUGCUGAAGUAAUCAGCAUUAUUAUUUAUGUCCUUUGGUACACUAAUAUUUUUGUAUAAGCUCACAUUCUGUUUUGGUAAUGUAGAUCUAUUUUUGUUCUCCUCUGUUCUGUUGCUUAUCAGUACAACCACAGAUAUCAAAUGAUACCAUUAAAUGCUUCCAUGUCUCGCUACUGGAUAGUGAGGCACUUUUCCUAAGUUAUACACUUUGUAGCAGUUUUAUACUUACCAACCUCACACAUUAUACCUUUUGUUGUCUGUGUGCUUGGUAUUUGAGUUUGUUUUUUUUUAAGUUCUGUACCAUGGCUUGAGCUUUCAGGACCUUAUAUAAAACACUGCAAGUCUUACUCGCAUUCUCAUGCAUAAGAUGCAGAUUGUACAGCAAGAACGUUAUAUAAGCCUGCCACACUAUUUUCAUAUAAAAAAAAUGUACCUAAAUAAAAUGUCCAUGUAUCAAGGCAAAUAAAGUGUAAUUUUUUAUAGUGA